AUGAAUAAACAUAGGGCUAGCGACUCAAUAAGUAUCAAGGAAGAUUUCUCGGAGACUAUAGCCAAGGAAUCAACAGAUGUGGAAUCAUUCGAGCAAGCCCUAAAUGUGACCAUGUUCAAAGUGGGGGGACGUAACUGCUGGAAGUGUUCGUACCCGUGCGCGGGCGCCACCUGUUGUGACGGCUAUUACCCGCAGUGUUGCCGUAUAACGCAAUGUAGUUGUUGUCACGUAUAAAAUAUACAGUAUAAUCAUGACUAAUAUCAUCAGGGUGCAAUCAAUUUUAAUUUUUACAAAAGAUACAAAUUAUAUAGUACAAACACAAUAAUUGCAUUGUUAUAAAU